AACAAACAAACAAACAAAGCAAACAAACAAGCAAACAAGCAAACAAGCAAACAAGCAAACAAGCAAACAAGCAGACCGCGGCCAGGUGUGCGUGUGUUUCAAUGGCGGAUUACGGUAACGGCCUGGCCGAGGAGUCCCUGCUGGACUCGGACCCCGGACACCAGGAGCUGGAGGAGCCCGGAGCCGCCGACGAGAACCCGGGGCUGGGAGAGGGAGAGGCCGCCAUCGAGGACCCGGAGCUGGAGGCCAUCAAAGCUCGGGUUCGAGAGAUGGAGGAAGAAGCAGAGAAGCUGAAGGAGCUUCAGAAUGAGGUAGAGAAACAGAUGAACCUCAGCCCCCCUCCAGCUGGUCCUGUGAUCAUGUCUCUAGAAGAGAAGAUGGAGGCUGAUGCCCGGUCCAUCUACGUUGGGAAUGUGGAUUAUGGGGCGACAGCAGAGGAGCUGGAAGCUCAUUUUCACGGCUGCGGUUCUGUGAACAGAGUCACGAUCCUGUGUGACAAAUUCACAGGCCACCCCAAAGGAUUUGCCUACAUCGAAUUUGCAGACAAGGAGUCUGUUCGGACGUCCAUGGCUCUUGAUGAGUCUCUGUUCAGAGGACGACAGAUUAAGGUGGGAGCGAAGCGGACAAACCGCCCUGGAAUCAGCACCACAGACAGGGGCUUUCCCAGAGCUCGCUUCCGAUCGCGAGGGACCUUCCCCGCAUCCCGCUCCCGCUACUACAGCGGCUUCACCCCCCCCAGAGGCAGGGGCAGGGCCUUCAGGUUUCAGGACCAGUGGAGACUGAGCACCCCUCCUCCUCCUGUGGCUGCAGCGCCCCCUACAGUGUCAGCGGCGUCUCUCUCUCUGUCUGGUCCCGCCCUGCACCACCACACGCACCCUAUCCUGUCUGUGUGGGGGGGCGGGGGAGGGGGGCUGGGUGACCACAGGCCCACGCCAGGAGGGCUUUACUGUAACAAGCGCUGAGCUGAACGUGACAGAUAUUAAAAAAAGAUAGUGUUAGAGAAAGCC